CGCAUGAGAGGUUGCAUAAGUGUUAUCAUCGUUAUUACACAAUUUUGAGGAAUUUUUUGGUUAGGUUUUGUGAUUGUGGGAAGUGCUACUUUUUUUAUUAUGUGAUGUUUUGUGUGAUUUAGUGUAGUCCAUUGGAAGCCCAUUGGACUUCACCCAAACCGGGUGAUUUUUUAGAUUUUCGUCGAAAUUCUAUGAAGCCCGAUGGACUUUGCCAUCGCCGGCGCCUCCGCAAUGGCGGCUUGCUGCUUCACCAACCCUUUGGAAGUCCUAAAGACACGCCUCCAACUGCAAGGCGAACUCCGAGCCAAAAACCAGCACACAAUCCACUACAAAAACGUGGUGCAUGCUGCGUACGUCGUGGCCAAAAACGACGGCCCUUUGGCCCUUCAGAAAGGCCUCGUUCCGGCCCUUUGGGUCCAACUCAUAAUGAACGGAAUGAGAUUAGGCACGUUUCAAUUUGGGGAAAAUCACGGUUAUGUCACUGACAGUGAGGGGAAUUUAGUGUUUUACAAAAGUGUGAUUGUGGGGGGGACGGGAGGGGUGGUGGGGCAGUAUUUCGCAAGCCCUUUUUUUCUAGUCAAGACGCACUUGCAAUCGCAGGCGGCUAAGGCCAUAGCGGUGGGGCAUCAGCACGAACACGAGGGGACCUGGAGUGCGUUUAAAAAAAUUUACCACACAAGUGGAAUCAAAGGUUUGUUCCGAGGAGCUGGAGCGUCGAUUCCUCGAGCUUUCGUCGGUUCAACCUCACAAUUGACUUCUUUCAAAUACAGUAAAGAAUUCCUAAACCAAUACGAUUAUUUUUCCGAUAAACCCCUUUUGACGUCAUUUUGUGGCAGUAUGGUUGGCGGAGUCGCAAUCAGCGUCAUGAUGACUCCGUUCGACUUGAUAAUGACCCGUUUAUACAACCAACCUGUUGACCCACAAGGCAAAGGACUUUUAUACGCAAACUACUUCGACUGUGUCAUCAAAAUUUUCAAAACCGAAGGAGUUUCGGCCUUUUACAAGGGCGUUGGCCCCAUGUAUCUAAGACUAGGACCCCACACAGUUUUGUGUUUAGUGUUUUGGGACGAAUUGAAACGCUUGUAUGAUAAAUUUUUACAAUAAAUUUAUUAAAAAAGU